CUACCAAGUUGUGUGCAUAGGUGAGUUUUUGGUGAGACUUGUGUUAGUAGUAGUACUAGUGAUAAUCAUGGGUAGGCAACCUUGCUGUGACAAACUUGGGGUGAAGAAAGGGCCAUGGACUGCUGAGGAAGACAAGAAACUCAUCAAUUUCAUUCUCACCAAUGGCCAGUGCUGUUGGCGCGCCGUCCCCAAGCUUGCUGGCCUCAGGCGCUGUGGCAAGAGCUGCCGCCUCCGUUGGACUAACUAUCUCCGCCCUGACUUGAAAAGAGGGCUUCUUUCCGACUCCGAAGAACAGCUGGUCAUCGACCUGCAUGCCCGUCUUGGCAAUAGGUGGUCCAAGAUUGCGGCGAGGCUUCCAGGACGAACAGACAAUGAGAUUAAGAAUCACUGGAAUACCCACAUCAAGAAAAAGCUUCUCAAGAUGGGAAUUGAUCCUGUCACUCAUGAACCCUUGAACAAAGAAGAAAAGCGCACCGAAAGUUCCUCUCCGCAGCCCACAGAAAACAAUAAUCAUGCCGCAGAAAAUGAUGCCUCGGCCAACUCAGAAGACAAUUCCUCCAGCAUGCUCGCUGAAAAUUGUUCCAGUGAUGAUUCCAAUCUGUUAGAUAGCAUUUGCUAUGAUGAAGCUUUAUUGGACAUCCUAUUGAUGGACGCAGCUCCCCUGGUUGAUGCAUCAUGGGGCAUCAUUAAUCCACCGGAAAAUGGUAACUGUGGCACCAUGGCAACUGCCUUGCCAUCUUGGGAGGAGGAUAACUGUUCAUGGCUAUUAGACUGUCAGGAUUUUGGAAUUCAUGAUUUUGGAUUCGAUUACCUUAACGACAAUAUUGAAUUAAACGCUAUGAACACAUUAGAUAUCGGGGACAAGAACUAGAAACCUAUAUUUUAAGCUUCGAAUGUGCACAUAAAUGUUAUUAGGUUUCAAUCAGUUCAGUUGAAUUUCUGUCGUGUUUCAGAAGGUAAAUCAACCUCGUUUCUUAAGAGGUUUCUUACCAACCAAUUCAAAAGUACUGAUUCCAACACAAAUGUUGUCAAGAAUAGAUGUGAUCAUAUGUUUAUUUUAUUUCCCCGAAAUGUUGUAGCCUUUUAAGUUUUCUGUAAAAGAUAGGGGAAUUAAUGAGAGAAGAUUACCCUGAAAAGGGGAAAGAAAAGAAUGAUUAAAAAAGAUAAAGAGACAGGGGAUAUACUUCUAAAAAAUGGUAGUUGGGGUUGUGAAUGUGAAGGGGAAUAAAACCUGAUCAAUUCU